GGCUACAACGCAAAAGCUACUAGCAACUUUAGCGUGACUUUUACGACGCUUAAACCCACCGAACAAGUAACAAGCUCUUAAAAUCGAGUGGAGAAGUUUCUACUAUUUUUUAUUUAAUACGACCCUCAAAUAAAAAUGACACCUUCCUGAAGCAGCCUCACCUUGUGUAUCACCACCUGCCAAAACAACUGAUCCCACUUCCCAGCAUGUUGUUCCCAGCGGAGCAGGACGUGACUGACUCUGACCUGCAGCUACGCCUCUGUGUCGGAGACAGCGCUGACAGACCACAGACCCCCCACGGCUCUGACAGCGACGAGGCGAAGGAGCCGUCCCCCUCCCGCUCACCGGAGACCCUGUAUCUGAGCAGGAGCGGGCUGGAGAAAGUGCCCGAGAAUCUGCUGAAGAACAGGGCAUUAAAGCAUUUGUACCUCGAAGGCAAUGAGCUGCGAAGUCUUCCCGAGUCCUUGUUCACCAGUUUACCCAACCUGCUGUGGCUCGACCUCAGACACAACCAGCUCCAAUCCCUCCCUACGGAAAUCGGUUAUCACAGAUGUUUAAGAACCUUGCUGCUCGAAGGGAAUCCCAUCACAGAGCUGCCCCCAGAGCUCGGUAACGUUCUGAGCCUGAGGGGUCUGAACCUGCGUGAUUGCCCGCUCAGUUACCCCCCACACAGCGUCCUACAGCAGGGGGUCCUCGGCAUCCUGCAGUACCUGAGGGCCGCCUUAGCCCAGCGCCCCGUCAGCGCCCCCAGGAGUCAGUCAGAGACUCCUGUCGUGGAGAGGCUGCCGCUGGAGCUGAUGGGGUCCGAACUGGAGGAGGAAGAGGAGGGGGCCACGGCGGAGGAAGAGCUGGAGAGGUUCAGAGAGCUCAAACUCCAGAUGAGUUUAAUGGAGAAGGCUGAACUGGAGAGAGCCGCCAAACCACCCAAACCACCCAAACGCACCCUGCCUGCUCUGAAAAGGAAGAAGGCGACCCGGGCCGGAGUGACUCCACUGCUGCUGGACGCUCAUGUGUGGAACAGGUCUGAGGAGAGGAGGCAGGCUGCACUCAGGGAGCUCAAGGAGAAGGAGGCCAUGCUGGAGCAGAGGAGGAAGAGCCAAGAAGCUCUGCGCAAGUGGUGGACCCAAGCCAGGACCCCACAGCAGGCGGGACACAGGCAGAAGAAGGCAGGACGCCAAAGACAAAACGAGGAAGCAGAACCAGAUACAAGGCCCGAAGCAGAGAACAGCAGUGAUUUAGCUCAACGCCAGGCCCACAGCACCAUCCAGUAUGAGGAGAGCAGGGCCGUCCAGCAGCUACGGCAGAAAAUUAACGCCAUUGUCCAGAGAAUAGAGGAACGACGCAGGAACACAACAGAGUUUAACACGGAUCUGAUCUGGGAAGCAGAGUGUGACGUCAAAGAGAUGAGGAGGUUACAGGCUGAACUUCUCGACAUGAAACGCAAAAGUGUGUUUGGAUUUUACUCAGCGAAAAGAUAAAUGAGAGAAAAGGAGAUUCGUACUUGUUUAUGCUAUUAAAAUUCAAGCAACAUGGAUUGUCUUAAAUUGUGGUUCAUUUUGUCUAUAGAAAACAAAAGCUAAUUUAUUUUUCAAAACAUGUUGUAUAAUUAUGGUUCGAUUGGUUGCAGAGACAAAGAAUCACACAUAAUUACUGGUUUGAGAUGUGAAUACGCGAAAGGGCUACUCUUAAUUUGUCACUCAUUUGUAAAUAAUAAACAGUGAUGUUCAUUAUGUGUUACCAAAUCAGAACAAUUGUUUUGUCUUGACUGGGUAAAAUGUCCCCUAUGCUCUGUGAGGAAUGACUAAAACACAUAAUAACUGACUUUAAACAAAUUAAAUUUCUAUUCCAAG